UGAUUGGCUGAAGUGUCGGAAGAUGUAGUAGCGUGCCAUCGUUCCAUCGGUCUUCAGUCAGCGGCAGAGUGUCGAUGAGACCGGCUUUCUGCUCUUCACCCCGGGAGGCUGGAAGCUGUUCACCAUCAAAACUCACUCUCACUCACCACCAUUCUCCUGCCCUCCGAAGCUCCGUUGCACCAUGCUGACCCGUCUGUUCCGCAUGCACGGCCUCCUGGUGGCCUCCCACCCCUGGGAGGUGAUCGUCGGCACGGUCACCCUCACCAUCUGUAUGAUGUCCAUGAACAUGUUCACUGGCAAUGACCAGAUCUGUGGCUGGAACUUUGACUGCCCCAAAACAGAGGAGCAAAUUCUGAGCAGCGAUAUCAUCAUCCUGACCAUCACACGUUGCAUUGCCAUCGUCUACAUUUACUUCCAGUUCCAGAACCUGAGACAGCUGGGAUCCAAAUAUAUUUUAGGCAUUGCCGGCCUUUUCACCAUAUUCUCCAGCUUCGUAUUCAGCACAGUGGUCAUUCACUUUCUUGAUAAAGAGCUCACAGGCCUCAAUGAGGCUUUGCCCUUCUUCCUGCUCCUCAUCGACCUCUCCAAAGCAUGCGCUCUCGCCAAGUACGCUCUAAGCUCCAGUUCUCAGGAUGAAGUGAGGGACAACAUUGCUCGCGGCAUGGCAGUACUGGGACCUACUUUCACUUUGGACGCCCUGGUGGAGUGCUUAGUGAUCGGAGUGGGAACCAUGUCAGGCGUGCGGCAGUUGGAAAUCAUGUGCUGCUUUGGUUGCAUGUCUGUCCUGGCCAACUACUUUGUGUUCAUGACUUUCUUCCCCGCCUGUGUGUCACUGGUGCUGGAGUUGUCCCGCGAGAGUCAGGAGGGCCAUCCUAUCUGGCAGCUGAGCCACUUCUCCAGAGUGAUGGAGGAGGAAGAGGACAACAAACCCAACCCUGUAACCCAGAGAGUCAAAAUGAUCAUGUCUCUGGGCCUGGUGAUGGUUCACGCCCACAGCCGCUGGAUCGCCGAGCCCUUGUCCAUCAACACCACAGUGGACAUCCCACAGGUCGGCAUGGAACUGGACCACCUCUCACCCAGGAGGAUCGAGCCAGAGAAACCACUCUGGCACUUCUACCUCACCAGGAUGAUAACCAUGGACAUAGAGCAGGUGAUCUGUCUGGCCUUGGCCCUGCUGCUGGCUAUCAAGUACAUCUUCUUUGAGCAGGUUGAGAUGGAGUCUACACUGUCACUCAAGAACCCCAUCACUAUGUCCGCCCCCGCCCUGACCCCACGACGUCCCGUUGAGACCUGCUGUAGGAAGGAGCCGUACACUCCCCGACCCCUCGCCCCCACUCAGACCGUGGCUGCCCCGGCCCCCACCAACAUGGAAGAGAGAGAUGAGGUUAUCCGGCCCCUGUCUGCCCCACCCGCUGAUCCCCAGCAAAAAAGCUUCUUUGUCGUGGGGGGGGGCGAGGAGGAGCUCAGGCCCAAGACCAAUCAGCUGAGCAUCCCCCUGACGCCCAGAGGCCUGGACGAAUGUGUGGCCAUCCUCAACAGCCCUGAUCUGGGGCCUUGUUUCCUGAGUGACGCUGAGGUGAUGCUGCUGGUCAACUCCAAACACAUCCCUGCAUACAAACUGGAGGCCAUGAUGGAGAGACCAGAGAGAGGAGUGGCCAUACGAAGGCAGAUGAUAUCUGCCAAGCUUCCCACUCCCUCUGCACUCUCCUCUCUGCCAUAUACUGACUACGACUACUCCAAGGUUAUUGGCGCCUGCUGUGAGAAUGUGAUUGGCUACAUGCCCGUACCGGUGGGCGUGGCUGGACCGCUGCAUCUGGAUGGGAAGCAGUUCCAGGUUCCCAUGGCAACCACAGAGGGCUGCUUGGUUGCCAGUACCAACCGUGGUUGUCGAGCGAUUGCUCUGGGAGGCGGAGCCAGCAGUCGUAUCCUGGCUGACAGCAUGACUCGAGGACCCGUGGUGAGGCUGCCCUCUGCCUGCCAGGCUGCUGAGGUCAAGGCCUGGCUGGAGAGUACAGACGGGUUUCAGGCCAUCAAAGAGGCCUUUGACAACACCAGCAGGUUUGCUCGGCUCCAGAAGCUGCUGGUUUGUCUGGCCGGGAGAAAUCUCUACAUCCGCUUCCAUUCCAAGACUGGUGAUGCCAUGGGGAUGAACAUGAUCUCUAAGGGCACAGAGCAGGCUCUGAGCAGACUGCAGCAGCACUUCCCAGAGCUGCAGGUGGUGGCUGUCAGCGGGAACUACUGCACCGACAAGAAACCGGCCGCCAUCAACUGGAUCGAAGGCAGGGGCAAGUCUGCCGUCUGCGAGGCCACCAUCCCCGCUAAAGUGGUCAGAGAGGUCUUGAAAACGACGACAGGAGCUCUGGUGGAGGUGAACAUCAGUAAGAACCUGGUGGGCUCAGCCAUGGCGGGUAGCAUCGGUGGAUGUAACGCACACGCAGCCAACCUGGUGGCUGCCAUCUACAUCGCCUGCGGACAGGAUCCAGCCCAGUCCGUUGGCAGCAGUAACUGUAUCACCCUAAUGGAGGCAUCAGGACCAACAGGGGAGGACCUGUACAUUAGCUGCACCAUGCCCUCUAUAGAGCUGGGCACUGUAGGAGGAGGCACCAACCUGCCCCCCCAGCAAGCCUGCCUCCAGAUGCUGGGUGUGCAGGGAGCCAGUCAGGAGUGUCCAGGGGAGAACGCCCGGCAGCUAGCCAGAGUUGUGUGUGCCACCGUGCUGGCUGGAGAGCUCUCGCUCAUGGCUGCUCUGGCUGCUGGUCACCUGGUCAAGAGUCACAUGACACACAACAGAUCCAAGGUGAACCUACAGGAGACUCCUGGAACGUGCACCAACAAAGCCUCCUGAGAGCCUGAGAGCAGCCCGGCCUCCCUCAGGGAGCCCAGGUCACUGAACGGAGCAGUAAACCCAGGGAACGAUGGACAAUUCAAAAGAGACUCAUCAUUCAUCACUGACCUCAGACGUCUUCCAAGUGCUUUCAAAGAGACACUGGAGUGUCUUCUGACCAAUCUCUAUGCUAGAUAUGAAAAGAAUCCAUACAAGCUAAUCAGACUAUUCUGUGGGAGCAUCUUCUUUUUCUGUAUGUUUGUGUUUAAUGGAGCUGGCUAGGAGACAGUUAAUUGCUGACUGCUUUUAUUUCCACAUUCAAUGCAGUCAGGUUUGGUUUGGGUUCAAAUGAAACAUUUCUACUGUCCUGUUGCCAAAUGGAGCACUGUACACAGAAGCAGUGAUGCCUGAAAGGUGAAUGUUUGUGAAUGUUGAAUGAGUGCAUGACAACAAUGCUGCUUACUACAGAUUCUGGUUGUUUGUGAAGCUAACAAGGACACAGUGUCACAAUUGUGAAGCAGUAUAGUCCUGGUUCAACCACAAGAGGACGGAAAUAUGAAGCAUGACUGACUCAUUGAAUGAAUGAACAAAUAUAUGAAAGAGUGAUUAUCUGGAUCCAAGAGGCACUUUAAGACUGCAAGAAUCUCCAGUACUUACAGCACAGAACAGGUGAGGACAAAAUCAUGAUUGUGUCCAUUAAAAUAGGAUGGAAAAGGCUCCAAGUGCCUGUACUGCUAAUAGGAGUAUGCAACACAUCAUUCCUGUUGAGAUUACUCUGUAUAAUUAACCAAAAAUAAAUGUAGAACUGCCCAUUUACUGCAGAUAUGUGUGGAAACAAACUUGCACAGACAGAAUUUGCGUGUGAGGUACUGUAGUCCAUCCGUUUAUGUCUGCUUUUACUCAAGACAAAGGCGUGUUGUCACUGUGUGCUGAUGCAGUGACAGACUUUCCAAACCAGUCUGUAUUUUAAACCGCAUUAGCAUGUAAUGUUGAUGCUUGAAAAUGUCUCUGUCAUGGUGAGACUUCCUGUUCCAGCAGAUGGCAAAUAUUUUGGAUAUAUUUUGUAAUAAAUACAAAAGGACUUUACACUGA